AUGACAUCCAUCGUGAAAUUAUUGCAAGAACAACUCGGAGAGGAACGCCAACAACUCAAAAUACUUCUCAACAGUCAUCGAGAGCACAUGAGCACUCUUCUAAAUCAGCCCAAGGAGGAGAGAGAUGACGAAGACAACACUGGAGGCAAUAGAACUGGCUCUUCUACGUCAUCAGGGGCAAAAUUGGAACCUCUUAAGGUGCCCAGUUUCAGUGGAGCUUAUCAGCAAUUAAUUGAGAAUCUCACCAUUUCUGAUGAGAAUUAUGAGAUUGCUUGGAAUGAGGUUCAGAAAGAAUAUGAUGACAACUACAAAAUCGUGGAUGCCCACAUCGAGACGUUCCUCAGGCAAACUCCAGUUACUCAACCAACAGCUGCAAAUUUGAAGAAAAUCUGUGCGACAUCUUCAUCCACUCUUAAAGCUUUGGAGGCCAUGAAAGUCAGCAAUCGAGACCCGUGGCUGAUCCAUAUCAUCAAUGAGAAGCUGGAUCGAGAGACGCAGGUGCUGUGGUCGAGAGAGAUUGGAGCAAACAUUCCGACGUGGAGCGACUUCGAGGCACUCCUGCGCAAAAGAUAUUGCUCUUACUCUUCGUGCAAAUCGUGCCAGCAGAAGCACAAUUCACUUCUGCAUGAGGCACUUGUCAACAAAAAAGAUGACAAAAAUUCCACUAAGGAGUCGUUCUCUGGGUCAUCAUUGAGUUGCAUCAAAGAUGGAGGGUUAGCAUCGUCACAGGUGCUUCUGGCUACAGCUCAGGUCCGAAUUCUGGAUGAUGAGAACAAUGAGCAUUUUUGCAGGGUCUUGCUUGAUGCUGGAUCACAAGUCAAUCUGGUCACUACCCAAUUUUGUCAGCGACUUCGCCUUACCGUGGUAUCACACUAG